CGAUUCAGCAGCCUGAGGUGCCCAGCAACACAACUCCCUGUAUCCCGGAGCAGUUCCUCGUCCGCUUGGCUGCAUAUGUAACACAGUUCAGUUCAGUUCAGACACCGACGCUGGUUCCCUGUUUUAAAGUGGAGUCGGUGAAGUGUUGAUUGCAGGAGGCGGUCACAGGGAGUGAGAAGACGGAGGAUGCCUGGAAAACCUAUGGAGAAUUUGAAAUUGCCAAGUCAUUGUGAUGCUCUGCCAUCGAUUUGAAAGGAUGCACAAGCAACUGCUGGCUGAAAAACAAAACUGACAGGCAGCUUCAGACAAGGUGACCUGGAGGAGAAGAUAUUUAAUCUCUCACAGGCUGCAUCCCACCUAUUAUAGUUCAUGACACCGCAUGAAGCGAUGCUGCUGCAGGAGGAAAGAGGUAGCUACACCCAGACACAGAUCUGUGUUUCUCUGAUACUUCAUCUCUUGCAAAGAUGAGCCUGAUUAUCCAAAUGCAAGCUUGAAGUCUGCCGAAGGGAGGAGAACAGAGGAGUACUGAAGAAAGAGAGUGACACCAUAUAGUGCAAGAGAUGCAGAGGAGGAAGGGGUGAAGCUUAUAAGCUUAACACAGAAAAAGGAGGAUAGAACAUUUAGUCACUCUUUGCCAACUGGAAGUGGAUUACCUAAUGACCACAAAUUGAGAAGGCCUGUGAAAUUAUGUGACAGACUUCCUCCCAGCUUCCUGUUGCAUUGUUUUUGACUGUGAAGGAACACCUACAAUACUGGUGACUUGUUAACUGGACUGCAGUUUUACCACUUAUGGGGAAUUUUACUUGCCUUAUGUGAAGACACUUCCUUAAGUUAACAGGAAAUAUGGAGAAAACUAAAUUCUCUUUUCUUAUGGUGAGUCGAUUUCCCCAGAGGGGGUGUUUGGUGUGUUUGCCCAUCCUGUUCCUAAAUAUAUAAAAAUAUAUAGAACAUCUUGGUCCGACAUGGAUCAGUCUCAACUUUAAGAUGCAGCAAGCCCUUGUAGGUGCACUUGGCUGGACUGAAUGAGAAAAUUAAGCCCUGAAAAUCUCUGAAGAUGACUAUGUCCUCUCCUGUGGGACUAGAAGGCAUCACUCUGGCUCAGCCCAUUCCCAUCCCGACGCUGACUAUCCUGCCACCAUCUUCGGAUACCGAGUCCUGGUCUCGCUCACCUAGCCCCAGACCGUCACGCUCUAGCCGCCACAGUCGUUCCCACCGCAGCAGGAUCCGAACUAAAAAGCAACACGAGGACGAGCAAGGCUGCGCUCCUGAGCAACAAUGGGGCAAAACGCCGCAAAUUGUAAUAGAGGAGACUGCGGAGAGGGGGACCAUUGGAUGUCGGAGUCCUUCGCCCUCCCCAUCUGCGGCCAGUCAGAUGGAGGCCGGAGAGAAAGGUCUGGAUAUCCCUUCACAGGACCUCCUCCUGCCACCAUCUCGUUCUUGGUCCCGUAGUCCCUCUCCCAUCCGGCGCUCCCGUUGGUCCCUCAGGAGCCUGCUCAGCAGAGACUCUGACUGGGAGACCUGCAGUACGGCCAGUAACUCUCCACGCAGCACCCCGGGCAGCUCUCCCUCCCUGCGGCGCAGGGUCCUUGGGGGUGGCAGGGCCAGUGAGAAUGACGGAGGAGGAGAGAAGAGCAGUGGUGGAGGAGGAGGUUCAGAUAGCCCCCUGCCCUCCAUACCCUCUGCCUCCUCCCUCACAUCUGCCUACCCACUUGCUUCUCGCCACUUCAGCCGCAAUGCCAAGGUAACUCAGAAUACCUGGUGUUUGUCUGUUUUUAGAUUCAGACAAGAGGCGGAAGUGCCCCUGAAGCCUGGAAGCCAGCCACGGAGCUCUGAGGUUGGCAACGGAGUUCAGCGGAGACAGCAGAAGUCCGGCAUCCCGGGUCACGUUUACUUCACACGAGAGCAGAGAGUUCUCAGUCCUACAUACAAACAGCGGAACGAGGAUUUUCGUAAACUCUUCAAGAAACUUCCUGACACGGAGCGACUUAUAGUGGACUACUCUUGUGCGCUGCAGAAGGACAUACUGCUACAGGGCCGCCUUUAUCUGUCAGAGAAUUGGCUCUGUUUCUACAGUCUUCCUAUGAAGUCUGAGCGAUCUAUCACUAUCCUGCUGAAAGACGUAACCUCUAUGACCAAGGAGAAGACUGCCAAGCUCAUCCCAAAUGCCAUCCAGAUCAGCACUGACAACGAGAAGCACUUCUUCACAUCUUUUGGCGCAAGGGAUCGCAGCUUUAUGAUGAUUUUCCGUCUGUGGCAGAACGCACUGCUGGAAAAGUCUCUAUCCCCCAAAGAGCUCUGGCACAUCGUACACCAGUGUUACGGCACUGAGCUGGGCCUCACUAGUGAAGAUGACGACUAUGUCUCCCCCACCGCCGAACACAUGAACGGCCUACUGCCAGGAGAUGAGUCAGUGUCAGUUACAGAUCUACUAGACCUAAGCUCAGUGUCAGUUCCCUCUACGGGCAGCUCUCCUCCUCCCCUGGUGCCCUGCGGUUCAGCCAGCCCUCCCUCAGCUACCAACCUGGGGGGCUCCUCUCCCCCUUUCUCCGCCUCCUGUCUGCCCAUAGAGGUGCCUUCGUCAUCUGGACGCAGACUCAGCUCUGAGCCCCUCGAACCCAGCCCGCCCACGUCCCACAGCUCGAUGCCAUCCACCACUCCCACCAACGCCUCUGCCUCUGCCCCGGCCUCUGCUGCUGCCUCCUUUUAUCUGGAAGAGGGUGGAGACAGCCUGUCCGAGUCAGCCAAUCACAUGCUGCCCCCGCCAACCACCAGUCUGGGAAACCUCUCCUCAUUGGACAUUACCAACGAUGAGGAACUGCCCACAGACCCCAGCAACUCCUCUGACACGCAGGAAGAGAGUGAGGUGGAGUCGUUCUGCGCUGACCUGAGCGGGCGGCUGCACAUCAACACUGCGGUCCGCAUGAGUGUAGACAAGCUGCACGACCUCCUCUUCUCUGCUGACACACACUUCAUCCAGCACCUCUUCUCCCAGCGACACUUUACUGACCUAUCGGUGGGUGAAUGGCAGCAGGACAGCAGCAGUGGGAAUACCAGCCGUGUGCUUAGCUACACCAUCGCGCUCAACAACCCACUCGGCCCUAAGACCGCCCCUGUGGUGGAGACGCAGACGUUGCAUAAGAGCAGCGCCCGGGGCGAGUGCUUUGUGGUGGACUCUGAGGUCAUCACCUCAGGCAUCCCUUACCAGGACUACUUCUACACUGUCCACAGAUACUGCCUCACCUCCAUCAACAAGCACAAGAGUCGGCUCAGGGUUUCCUCGGACAUCUGCUACAGGAAGCAGCCGUGGAGCCUGGUGAAAGCAUUGAUUGAAAAGAACACCUGGAGUGGCAUUGAGGAGUACUACAGACACAUGGAGAGUGAGGUGUGCAAGCUGGAGACGCUGCUGCAGACUGAGGUAUCCGUGGCUGCAGGAGGAGGCAUGGGCACCGGAGACCGAGGGGACAGAGGAGUUGGAGAGGAGAGAGACAGGAGAGAAGCCAGUGGUCAGUAUAUGAAGCUGGGAGAGCGUUCACGUGGUGGAGGACCCAACAGUAUAUCCACCAUCCUCCUCAUCGUCAGCUUCAUUCUGGUGGUGCUGGUGGCUCUCAACAUGCUGCUGUUCUACAAGCUCUACGCUCUGGAAAGGGCAGCCCAUACACUGGAGACGUGGCACUCCUAUUCUGUUGCUGACAGUCCUUUGCCCCAGACAGCUGGAGAGUGGGCUCAGGUCUUGCAGCUACAGAGGCAAUUUCACCAGGCUCAGCUCAGCAAGUGGCAGCAGAUCCUGCAGUCCUCUGUCACGCUUCUUGACCAGAUGAAGCAGUCUUUAGAAAAGCUCCACCGGGGCAUCGUGGUCCCAGAGGUGCAGCAGGAUCCCCCCGAUGAAACUCUCACAGAGUCCCUGACUGAGGCCUGAGCCCUGCCUCUUCUGGUUAACAGCUCCCUGCCGUCUCCCAUUUCUGAACACACCCUGGUGGACUGGUAGAAUAGAAAGGAGACACACAGUUUGCCCUUUGCCUCAUCUCCAAAUGGAAAACCAGGAGUGGGAUACACAGGGGGACCACAUUACCCACAUCUCUCCUCACCUGACUGACUUGAAAUGGCGACGGUCGCCUACAGCCUCAACCAGUAACGAUUUCGCUAUCAGGACCACAGCAAUAAUUUACCUACAGCUGCAAGUCACCUGUAUGUAGUGUGUGUGUAAACAGGCCACUGGUGGGCCGAUUUCAGACCAUCCACUCCUCAAGACUCAUACAGACAUUUCAAAAUGGCCAGCUGCAUUUCAGAAUAACUUCAUUUUCAGAGCCCACCAUUUUAUGACUAUCAUAGACUUCAGUUCCUCCUCUGGCAUUUCACAGGGAUCAGUGAUUCUGGAGAGUUGGACCAUGUCCUCUCAGUCCUGGGAACAGUUAAGACACCUUUGCCGCUAGUGAACGCCUGCUGAAACAAAAUGGGGGGACGCCACCUGCUGUGUGGAUGUGACCAACAAACACCCAGACAGAGACUGGAGAGGGAGCAGGACGCCUCUCUCGCUCUUUCCAUCUGGGAUUUGUUCCUCCAUGUCCAAGUUGAGCCCCCUCUGAGGCCGUCAGGCCUCCAUGAAACAGGGAUGAGGAACAUUUCAACACCAGACACUUUAGUUUUCACCUUUAUUUUUUAGAUGUAAAUUAUACAUCUGAAGAUGAACCUCAAGCACCAUCCCACUCCUCCCAGUCCUUUCGGGGUUUUAUCUUAUUUCAAAAUCAGUGUAUUGGAUUGUUUGUUAGGACAACGAGCUGCGUCUGACUGGACUGUUACAGUAUUUAUUAUUACCGAUGACUUUUGAUCUGAAGUCCUGUCCUGCUCUUACAAGAAGUCAUUUGGGUAUUUUGUGCUCUGAUUUGCUGUUGCAGUGCGGACCAAGAGGAGAUACACGAGAACAAUUACUGGUCACAGCAAUAAAGACAGUAGUGAUGCUAGUACUUUUUGAAUGUUUCAAACAAAGUAGUAUAUAAUAAUAAUAAUAAUGAUGAAUUGUGUGUGAAUGUGUGUAGAGGCAGUGAAAAAAAACAAGCAAAGAAGGUAAUGACUUGACAGAUGUGUGCGUGAGUGUUUAUGAGGAGUCCUCAAUGUUUCAGAUGUUGCAUUUUCAUAUUAGCAUUUGUUGAGUUAAGUUUUUUUUGGAGAUUUCUCUUUCAAGUUCAGUUGCUCACUCUCUAUAUCAAUGAGCUAAACAGUUCAGGAUUUACCAAGACUUGAUGAGGUGGAAACCUUAACACCAGAACUGUCAGCUACUUCAUUGUCCAACUGGGCCGGACAUUUCACAACUAAAGGACCAACCAGAUUUUUGUAAGCCCAGGUGAAGAAAAAGGGAAUCUGUUUUGCAGUAUUGUUUAUUUGUGUGUGUGUUUGUAAGAUUAAUUUGACUCACUUGUCUCUUUUUAUUUUGUUUAUUUUCUAUCUUUAUUAUUUUGUCGUUUAUUUUCAGCCUGUCCUCUCCGUCCACUCGACCUUGGCCUCCGAUGAUGUGAAAACAUCUCACCCAUCACUUUGUUUUCUUCUUCUUCUUCUCAUUGCUCAACCCCACUCUUUCCUCUGUGCUGUUCCCCUUCAUCCAGCUCUCUCUCUGUUUCAAUGAAAAUGGCGGCUACAGAAGCAUGUGGGCCACGCUGUGCAUGGCCAUCCGCAGAUGACAAAAUGGUGUAAUAUUUAUUAAGGGAGUGUGGGAGGGGGGGGAUUCAGGGUAGAUUGAGGGAGAGAGAUGGAUGAGGAGUGGGGAUGAGAAUGUACUGUAAAGAUGUGAUUGUACACCACGCCAUGGAGAGAAAUGAAAAGUUCUAAAACAUGCAACAGCUCCUCGCUCAUCUUUGAGUCUGUGUGUGUCUUUACAUUCAAAAGACUUGGGUCACAUCCACAUCAGUGGAUUGUGGUGGAAUGGUUAAUUUCUCUGUACGUUCAUCUGUCAGUUAUUUGAUCCAAAGUGCCUAUCACAGUAUCCAAAAGUUGUCAUAUUUAAAUUGUUGUCCAACCGACAAAAAAGCAGAUAAUGACAUUUGAGAAGCUGGAACCAGAGAGAUGUGUUAGUCAGGUAAUCAACUGUCGAAAUAGCUUAGAGUUUGAGUUUGAGUCGGUAAACAUCAUCAAGCAAACAAUUAUGAAGUGGGAUUUAUUCUAUGCAGAGCCUACGCAGGUCGCCUAUGCUGUUUAGAACAUCUAUACCUGUGUGGUGGUGUCUGUGUCACUCUGCAGUUACACCUCCCAAACACUAGUUGGCAGCAGGGUUUCUGUGAAGUGCUGUAAAGAUAAGUUGAUUCAAAACACACAUUAAACACACAUUAAACAUGGCUUAAUAGAGACGAUUUCAAACACAAGUACACAAAUCAGCUUCACUAUAACUUGCAGCAUUCACAGACAAACACUUGUCUUUAUCUGGACACUUCUCCCCCACAAAUACAGCAUGCUAAUGUUUUUAGCACAAGCCUAUGGCAUUUUACAUUGUAUACAUUAGCCUAGCAGCUAGUGGACUUUUUCUCUACUCAUACGACGCCAGGGACAACAGCAACAAUUUGCAAAAUACGGCUCCAUUGACAAUUCACAAGGUUCACUGACAAAACAACUGUCUUAUACUAAACAUGUUUUCCAAACAAAUAUAACAUGCUAACGUUAUUAGCACAAGCCUAUGGCAUUUUACAUUGAAGCCAGGAUAAAUCCCAAAGUAUAAAUCCCAGAAGGAUACAUCACACACAAGACUUAAA